CCCGGAGCCCAGCACAGCAGAGAGAGCAGGGAGAGAGUGAGCCACGCUUAGUGCCGCCGCGGGCUAAACACUGGACCCGGUUCUAUAAUGACUCAUGCAAAGCGGUUUGCUGGAAUCCCCAUGUCCAAGACUAUGAGGGAGAUCUGUAAGGAGGAAGACUAUGCCUUCCUGGAAAAGAUGGAAGAUUCCAGGGACAAAGGAGCAGAACAGGACAAGCUAGAAGAAGAAAAAAUGAGAGAACACCACGAAGAGAGGAUCCGUCGCAGCCAAGAGAGAAAGCAGAAAGAAGAGGAGAGGCAGAGAGAGCUGGAGGAAAUGAGAAAGCAAAAGGAGCAGGAGUGGAAAAGCCAUGUAGCUGAGCUGGCAGCAGAGCGGGAGGGGGCCCUGAAAGAGAGAGCGCUUCGGCUGCGAGAAUUCAGGAGUUUCCAGCGGAAGGUUCAUGAGAAGGAAAUGGAUCUGGGCCAGGGGAAUGGAUGUGAGAAGAUUGAAUGUGACUGAGCACAAGCUGAGGGUCAACACCUUGGGAAAACAAACUACAGAUUGAACUAGAGAUUAGGAAAGUGAUGACAAAGAAGCCUGUAUUCUCAUCUGAACAGCACAAAGUAUAACCAAUUUGUUUUGUAUGAUAGCCAGCAAAUACUUGCCUGAAUGUGAACUUGUUUUUUUCUGAGUGAGCAGUAAUGUAAUAUAGUACAUUACAGAUAUAAUAGGGCCCUUCACACCCAACUCUCAUUACCCACCCUUAUAACUCAAGUAAAUUGAAGCCAGAAUAAGUAAUACACAGCAAGAAAGCCCAAUGCCUUUACAAUAGGUUCUUGGAAAACACAACUUGGCAGGACGUUUUAAACUAAUCCUUGCAUUUAACUGAAUGCAUUUGGUAUAAAGACAUAAAAGAUUUAAAGUCAGAUGACAUGGGUUCUGACUCUCUGUGCCAUGCACACUGUCAUAAUAAUAAUAAUAAUAAUAAUAAUAAUAAUAAUAAGUGUGAUUAAAUGAACUAAGGUCUGUGACUUUGAUCUUGACCAUUAUUAACUGUAUGAUUAAGCCUUUUCCAUACUGUACAGGCUUCACUUGCUAUUGAGUGCUUAGUCGAGGCCCCACAA